UGUGCGCGCAGAGCCGCUGCGGGGAAGCGUGAGCGGAGUUCGCGGGACUCUGGGUCCGGCUUCGGGGCCCACGAACCCGCAGAGGCACCAUGGGCCGGAUCACGGAAGACCUGAUUCGACGGAAUGCUGAGCACAACGAGUGUGUGAUAUUUUCCCUGGAGGAGCUCUCCUUGCACCAGCAAGAAAUAGAGAGGCUGGAGCACAUUGACAAAUGGUGCCGCGAUUUAAAGAUCCUCUACCUUCAAAACAAUCUCAUCGGGAAGAUCGAAAAUGUCAGCAAACUCAAGAAACUCGAAUAUUUGAAUUUAGCUUUAAACAACAUUGAAAAAAUUGAAAAUCUGGAAGGAUGUGAGGGGCUGACGAAACUUGACCUGACAGUAAAUUUCAUCGGGGAGCUGAGCAGCGUGGAGACCCUCCGGGGCAACAUCCACCUGCGGGAGCUCUUUCUCGUGGGGAACCCGUGCGCCGACUUCAACGGCUACCGGCAGUUCGUGGUGGCGACGCUCCGGCAGUUAAAGUGGCUGGACGGGAAAGAAAUAGAACGUUCCGAAAGGAUCCAGGCACUGCAGGACUUCCCUGAAGUUGAGCGACAAGUCAGAGAGCAGGAGAAAGCCUACUGCCUCAGACGAGCCCGAGACAAGAGCGAGGCCCAGAGGAAACUUCGAGAAGAGCAGGAGCGCGGAGAGAAGGAAGGCCGCCCGGGCUCGGACGGACGCUGGGACGCAGACUUCGCUGCGGAUCCCCCACCUUCUGUGGGGAGCAGAGACCACCCCCCAGCACUGGAAGUACAGGAAGGGGAACCCAGCAAGAAGAAAGUAGACGGCGUGGAAGAUGACCUGGAGUUCUGGAAUAAGCCCUGUUCGUUUACUCCUGAGUCUAGAUUGGAAACUCUUAGACAUAUGGAAAAGCAACGAAAAGACAAAGAAAAAUCAAGCGAAAAGAAGAAGAAAGUGAAACCACCCAGGAUGUUGAUCACUGCAGAUGGGAGGGCCCUGAACGUGAACGAGCCCAAACUUGACUUCUCUUUGAAAGAUGAUGAGAAACGCAACCAGAUCAUCCUGGACCUGGCUGUGUACAGGUACAUGGAUACCUCUCUGAUCAGUGUUGACGUGCAGCCAACUUACGUGCGAGUAACGGUCAAGGGAAAGGUGAGGAUGCCCGUGGGCUGGCUCCGUCUCCAAAGCCAACCCUUGGACUAUGCUAGUGUUUCUAACCCUCUAUCCACGGGGCAUCUGGUCGUCUGCAUGCCCAAGGUGGGAGAAGUGAUCACAGGGGGCCCGCGAACGCCCGUGUCUGUGCGGAGUACCUCGGACAGCAGCAGGGAGCACACAGGCGAAAGGAGCAGACAAACUGAGAAACUCGAGGUGGAUCCCAGCAAGCACUCGUUCCCCGACGUGGCUAACAUAGUUGGAGAGAAAACGCCCGCACCCAGAAGAGUCCGACCCGAACCCAAAGUCAUGCCACAUGAGGAAGAUCCAGGCUUUGAAGAUGACCCGGAAGUGCCCCCGCUGAUCUGACACGUCAGGCUGCAGCGACUGGGGCCCCCUCCCAGGACCCAGCUUUGCUCAGCGCAGAGAGUGUAUGCAUCUCGCUUGUGGGACACAUACAGAGCUAUUUACCAACAUCACCACCCCAGUGUCGGAGCUCCCACUUGCUGCAGUAAUAUUCUUAAACCACUUUAAAAUGAGAAGUGUACCUUAAAUGUGCUAUAACCCACUAUUUGUCUAGAAUAAAGUGUUUGCUAGUGAAAAUGAAUGUUCAGUAAAUCAUAGAGCUAACCUAAUGCAAAUAUUCCUUAAACAACCAAAACACAUGGUGUUAUGGACCGAAUGUGCUCCCCACCCCCCAGUCCCCAUGUUGAAGCCCUAAUCCCACUGAGGUGGUGUUUGGAGGUGGUUAGGUCAGAUGAGGUCAUGAGGAUGGGCCCCCUGGUGGGAUUAGUGUCCUUAGAAAAGAGGAACCCCAGCUCGCUUUCUCUCUCCCCACUCUUCUCUCUCUCCACCUCGUGAGGACACUGAGAAGACAGCCGUCUGCACGCCAGGAAGGACUUCCCAGGAACCGCACCAGCCGCACCUUGAACUCAGACGUCCAGCCUCCAGAACCGUGAAAAACCAUUUCUGUUGUUCAGGCACCACCCAUAUAUUAUUGUGUUACAGCAACCUAAGCAUCUGCUGUGUCAACUCCCCCC